UGGCACUGUGCUCUUUCCUGCGUGCUGAACUGUCUGAUCCCAGCUCGUGCCCGCAGCUCAGCCCGUCCUCUGCUGAGCUGCUGAGCUGUGAGGCGGCGCAGAACGGCCCGCAGUUGUGAGUGAGCUGUCUGGAAGCAGUGCUGGGAGGAGAACACGAGCCGUCCUACUGCCUGCAGCUCAGCUCUGCGAGGCCCCGAGCUCAGCACUCGCCCAGCAGCACCAUCCCCUCCAUCUACUCAGCAGAAGGGACAGCACUGCAGCCUGCAGCUGUUAGGGAGCACGUCAGGCUGCCGCUUGCUGCUGCCCCUGAACAGCCUCCAAACCCUCACUGAGGGCCUCUGGGUUUCUCUGGGCACACACAGCGAUGCCGUUUUGCUGCCUAUCCCUUGGGGGAGUUAGGCUGCAGACUGACAGAGAGCAGCUGGAAAGUGUUCCUGCGGUCACUGCUCGCCUCCAGAGGUACUACAGGGAAAACAGCCUCCACCUGCAAAAUGCAGCUUUAGCACUGAUGAGGAUUUUAGCUCUUUGAAGGCUGUUUUCUGAAUGGCAGUGAGGGAACUGCUGCUUGGGGGUGUGCCUGCUUGCAAUUUCUGCUUGUCCCUGGCUGCUGCAUCAGGGAGGAACUUUGGCAAUGAUUGCCAGCUGUACCGCUCCCCUCUCCUCAUUCCUCUUGCUGUCCUCAGCGUCCACUGCUCUAAACCCCUGAGCCUACCCUGCUCAGCUCCCCCCACAGCAGAUCCCCAUGCUCCCCUCCUCCCGCCCAGUUCCUGGCUAUAGGCAUAGGACAGCCAAGGUACAGCCCAGCUGGACCUUCCCGGAAGGGCAACCCGGCAUCUCUCUCUCCCACAGCCUGCUGCUCAAAAGCUGAAGCCCCACGGGAGCAGCUGGCCCAUGGCCCCCAAGCGCCGAGCACCCCCUGCAUCCCAGCCAGCUGAUGGGGGCAAGAAAGCCAAGGGGGGGCAGGAGGAGGAGGAGGAUGCCUGGAGCUCCACGCUCACUGCCUUGAAGGCAGCCCCCAAGGAGAAGCCCCCCGCCACCAUUGAUGGGCAGUGUCCCUUGAGUGCAGGGCCUGAUGCACAGGUCUAUGAGGACUAUGACUGCACCCUGAACCAAACCAACAUCAGAGCCAACAACAACAAGUUCUACAUCAUCCAGCUCAUCAUGCACGAUGGCACCUACAGCACCUGGAACCGCUGGGGACGUGUGGGAGAAGUGGGCCAGUCCAAGCUCCUGUCGUUCACCUCUCUGGAAGCUGCCAAGAAGGAUUUUGAGAAAAAGUUUUGGGAAAAGACCAAGAACAGCUGGGCAGCACGGGAAAACUUUGUGGCCCAGCCAGGAAAGUACACCUUGAUAGAGGUGCAGCCCGGCGCAGGGCAGGAGGUGGCCCUCAGGACGGAUGGUGUGGGUGAUGGGAAGGUCUCCAAGUGCCGCAUGCUGCCUUGUGCCUUGGAUGAGACCACGCAGGAGCUGGUGGCCCUCAUCUUCAGCAGCGACAUGUUCCGCCACGCCAUGCAGACCAUGAAUAUUGAUGUGAAGAAGAUGCCAUUGGGGAAGCUGAGCAAGCAGCAGAUUGCUCGGGGCUUCGAGGCACUGGAGGAGCUGGAAGCUGCACUGGGGGAGCAACCCUGCAGGAUGUCCCGGCUGGAGGAGCUCUCCUCACGCUUCUACACCAUUGUGCCCCACAACUUUGGGCGGGCACGGCCACCCCCCAUUGAUUCCCCCGAGCUGCUACGAGCCAAGAAAGACAUGCUGCUGGUGCUGGCUGACAUCGAGGUGGCACAGAGUCUGCAGGCACAGAAGGUGGAGGAGGAGGAGGAGGUGGUCACCCACCCCUUGGACCGGGAUUACGCCCUGCUGUGCUGCCAGCUCAGCCUGCUGGAGCACACCUCCCAAGAGUAUGAGAUGAUCCUGAACUAUGUGACACAGACAGGGAGCCAGGUCUACAUCCUCAACGUCUGGAAGGUGGCCCGAGAGGGUGAGGACAAGCUCUUCCAGGCCCAUGACCACCUGGAGCACCGGCGCCUGCUGUGGCACGGCACCAACGUGGCAGUGGUUGCGGCCAUCCUGAGGAACGGGCUGCGCAUCAUGCCCCACUCGGGGGGACGCGUGGGCAAGGGCAUCUACUUUGCCUCUGAGAACAGCAAGUCUGCUGGCUACGUGGGCUGCACAUCCACGCGAGUUGGCUUGAUGUUCCUGACGGAGGUGGCUCUGGGCAAACAGUACUGCAUCACCCGCGAUGAGCCCACACUGCAGCAGCCGCCCGAUGGCUAUGACAGCGUCCUGGCCUGUGGUCGCACGGAGCCAGACCCUGCACAGGAUGUGGAGGUGAUGCUGGAUGGGAAGAAGGUGUUGGUGUGCCAAGGCAAGCCGAUCCCCGUGCCCGCCUACAAGGACUCGUCCUUCUUCCAAAGCGAGUACCUCAUCUACCAGGAGAGCCAGUGCAGGAUCCGCUAUCUCGUCCAGCUCCACUUCUGAGAGCACCAGGCUCCUUGUGUCCCCUCUUGGCAGCAGAGUGCCGCCAGCAUGGAGUGCAGGAAUCCAGCCCUUGUGGCCACUUACUUAGGUGUGAGAUGGAGCAUCCAGCCUGCUCCCACGGGCAAUAAAUUCACCGUGCCUUGCACCAGCAGUGUGGCUGCUUUCCUGCCGGC